AAGAAAACAUAAAAGCCAUUCAUUCAUUAAGUUUUCUGAACUUUGAGGUUUUCCUGAGUGAUUGACAUGGCCAGCAACCAGCAAACCCCAGGCAGCCAGCAGCCAUUUUUGGGGAGCCAACCACAAGGCAACCUGCAGCCAGCGAUGAUAGAUAGCCCAACGCCUGCCAACCUGCAGUCAAUGAUGAUGACCAACCCAACGCCCGCCAAUCUGCCACCGAUGCCAUUGACCGGCAGACAAACGACAGCCAACAUGCCGUUGAUGGGCAGUCUGAAACAGCCAACUUUGCAAGGAUAUUUCAACCCCCAGCAAAGUCCAACCAAUGUGCGACCAAUCGCGCCCAGCCAACAAACCCUUGCCAAUUUACAGCCACAAUCAGGCAGCCAGCAGAUCCCCACCAAUGUGCCGCCACAGUUGAGCAGCCAGCAGCCCCUAGAAGCCAACGUGCAGCAGCCACUCAUGGGAAGUUACCAAAGUCCAAGCAAUGUGCAGCCACAAGCUGGCGGCCAGCAAACUCCAGGAGGGAAUGUGCAGCACAAUUUGCCCUUGACCCGACCAAUUUCUGGUAUUGUGCAGCCACCAAUGAAGUCAACAGCUCUACUGCCACAACCGACCAGUAAAUAUGGUAUGGGAUCCGGGGUGAGAGGUGACAGACUCAUGUUCUCAACAUCUGAUGACAAUGCCAUGUUAAGGCAAAUCCAGGGGACCCAUACUCCUGAUGGACGUGAAUUCAAUGUCAAACCACUUAUUCAAAUCGUUGAGAAUAUCUUUAAACAAGCUGCCCCAGGUGUUGAGGCAAUUGUUGCGCAGGAAACGCUGGCAAUCACAGACACUGAUGACAAGACAUACCAAUCUAGUUUCACUGGAAUGCUUGAAGCCGCGGCGUAUCUCAUUGAUCGAAUUUCUUGCGAGAUUACAUGCAAAUGCUCUGGUGGCGGGGAUACACAUGCAACUGCAAUAUCAAUAUUGAACAUGUUAUCCAGCUUUUCUUGGGAUGCCAAAUUGGGGCUAGCCUUGUCGGCUUUUGCAGUGACCUAUGGCGAGUUCUGGCUUGUUGCUCAGAGUUACACAUCAAACCAACUUGCCAAAGCUGUUGCAAUCCUAAAGCAAUUACCUGAGAUAUUGGAACACUCUGCUGAGUUAAAGCCUCAGUUUGAUGCAAUUAAAAGCCUCAUCAAAGCAAUGGUAGAUAUCAGCAAAUGUAUUGUUGAGUUCAGGGAGCUACCAGCUAACUACAUUACAACAGAUGUUGAAGCACUAUCCACAGCCAUGGCUCAUAUACCAGUUGCUGUGUACUGGACCAUCAGAAGUAUUUUGGCUUGUGCUUCCCAACUUACUGGCCUUACUUUGUUGGGACGCGAGCAUAUGGUAUCAACUACAGAAGCUUGGGAACUAUCCAGUUUGGCUCACAAGCUCAGCAACAUGCACAGUCACCUCUUAACUCAACUCCGGAGCUGCUACAAGCAUAUAGAGGAAAAGAAACAUGAUGAAGCUUAUCAGAAUCUUGUGCAUCUGUUCGGCAUUGUCCACAUUGACAACAUGAGGAUUAUCAAGGCUUUAAUCUGCCAGAAGGAUGACGUGUUGCCACUUGUUGAUGGAGCUACCAAGAACAGGGUAAACCUCGAUGUCUUGAAGCGAAAGAAUGUGUUACUGCUCAUAUCAGACCUUGAUAUCUCGCAAGAAGAACGUUCAAUUCUUGAACAGUUAUACACUUAUACCCGAACACCACAAUUCGAGGUUGUUUGGCUCCCAAUUCUGGACCCCACCAUCACUUGGACUGAAGCCAAGCAGAGGCAAUUUGACAGUCUGCAGAAUGCUAUGCCAUGGUAUACAAUAUACCACCCUUCACUGAUUGAGAAGGCUGUAAUAAAAUUCAUCAAAGAUGAGUGGCAUUUUGAGAAGAAACCUAUUCUUGUGGUGUUAGAUCCACAAGGACGUGUUGUAAGCCCAAAUGCACUCUACAUGAUGUGGAUUUGGGGGACUUUGGCAUUCCCUUUCACCACAGCAAGAGAGGAGGCUUUAUGGAAGGAAGAGAGUUGGAAGCUUGAGUUGUUGGUGGACAACAUUGAUCCAAACAUUCUCAACUGGAUAUCAGAAGGAAAACAUAUUUGCUUGUAUGGAGGAGAGGACAUUGAAUGGAUCAGAAAUUUUUCAAGUACUGCAAAUGCUGUUGCUGAAGCUGCAAAUAUUGACCUGGAAAUGCUUUAUGUGGGAAAGAGCAACCCAAAGGAACGCGUUCGCAGGAACAAUGAAAUCAUAGUUAGGGAGAAACUAAGCCACGUCUGGAGUGACACCUCCUCAAUUUGGUACUUCUGGGUUAGGAUUGAGAGCAUGUGGCACUCCAAAAAUCAGCUGGGCAGAACCGUUGAGAAUGACCAGAUAUUGAGUGAAAUCAUGGCAAUGCUUAGCUACGAUAGCAGUAAAGGCGGAUGGGCAGUGUUCGCAAAAGGAUCAUCCGAAAUAACCAGAGCAAAGGGAGGUACAAUUUUAACCUGUUUGCAAGAGUAUGAUCAGUGGAAGGACGAAGCGCAGCAAAAGGGUUUUCUGCCAGCAAUGAUUGAUCAUCUCAAGCAGCUGUACACACCGCAUCACUGCAGCCAACUGGUGCUGCCGGGCACUGCCGGGAUACUGGAAAAAGUGGUUUGCUCAGAAUGCGGCCGCCCCAUGGAGAGGUAUCUCAUGUAUCAGUGCUGUGAUGAGUAAACAACAAGCUGCGCUGCCAGUGAUGCCAAAUUACUAUAUGCAUGGUAGGAUUGCUUGCAAUGAAUAGCAAGUUUGGAAGAAUAAUAUUAAACACUAAGUGUGAGAAUAAGUACCCGCGUGCUGUUUUCAUAUUUUUCUCUUUUAUUGUACUUCAUCUUUAAGGGUACUCUGCGUAUCCAUUGUUGUUCUGAAGUUUGAAUAAAUUUUUUCUGUGAGUA